UGCGUAUUAUUUUUCAUCAGUGUUAUUAAUUCCUGCGCACCGAGCGUCGUUAUUAUUGCUGCGUUCGUUCUUAGUGACUGUUCAGUUCUAGUUGAAGUCAAAAAGGGCUCCGAAAUGAAGUUCCAGUACAAAGAAGACAACGUAUUCGACAAGAGGAAGACCGAAGGCGAGAAAAUCCGCAAGAAGUACCCCGACAGAGUUCCUGUAAUUGUGGAGAAGGCACCGAAAUCCCGAAUCGGUGAGCUCGACAAAAAAAAGUACUUAGUUCCGUCUGAUUUGACCGUCGGUCAGUUUUAUUUCCUCAUCAGAAAACGAGUGCACCUUCGCCCCGAAGAUGCGCUCUUCUUUUUCGUCAAUAAUGUCAUUCCACCAACAAGUGCCACCAUGGGAUCUCUUUACAACGACCAUCGCGAGGAAGACUUCUUUUUGUAUAUUGCCUACAGCGAUGAAAACGUCUACGGUUAAUUAGUUAAUUUUUCGUGCUUUACUCCAUUUGGUUUUGAAUUCAUAAUAUUAUAUAAUCAUUUAAUAAUAUGAUUUCUAGGAUUUUGAUUGAAUAUUGAUAAUGAACACAUGAUUUAAUUAUAAAAAAAUAAAAUAUUAUUAAUUGACUCUUAUUAAGAUUUUAAUUUAUAUAAACAUAUUUAUAUCUACACCAAAAAAAAUGUAUGUAUUGUGAAAAAAUAUAUAUGCCUUAAAUUGCGUUAAAAAAAUAUUAACCUACCAAUUUUUUUUUUUUUGUAAGCAGCUUUUCUUAUUGUUACUUUAAUUUGUAUAAUAUUUACUACCUAUUUAGUUUAUAUUUUCAGAGUGCUAUUUUUGUGUGUAAAGACUUAGUUUAGCAAACCAGAAAUAUGGUAAAAUUAUAAUUAUCAUUAAUUUUUGUAAAUACAUUUAUUAAAAAGUAAUUAUUUAAGCAAAGAAAUAUAUGAUAUUUAUUACG